AUGGCGAGAGGCUCUUCCCAGUCCCAGCAAUCAACCUCCACCGCCUCCUCAACCGCCCGGCCCGGUCUGGCCGCUCCUCGUGGAUCCGCCGCCGCUACGGCCGGCAUGCGUCGCCGCAGGCUCGGUGGCGGCGGAAGCGUAUCUUCAGGCGGUGGAUCCGCGGCUGGAUCAGGAUCGAGCAACAUGCUGAGGUUCUACACCGAUGAAGCUCCUGGAUUGAAGAUCUCACCGACCGUCGUCCUCAUCAUGAGCCUUUGUUUCAUCGGCUUUGUCACCGCUCUUCAUGUCUUCGGAAAACUCUACCUCCACAAAUCCGGAUCCCAAGCAUAG